GGAGAGAGAGAGCGCGGCCCAGUCCCUUUGUUGCGGUAGCGCUGCCGGGGGGAGUGCGGUGCGGUGCGGAGCGGAGAGGAGCCUGAGGCUGAGGCAGGGACACCCCCACACACCGGCAGCUCACACCUGCCACCGGCGCCACCAUGGACUCGGACGAGGGCUACAUGUAUGACGAGGACGAGUACAGCGAGGAGAGCGAGCCCGAGGACAACUUCGAGAUCGGCGAGGUGGAGAUGCAGGAGCCCGGCCUGGAGCCCGGGCAGGACGGCGACGGGGUUGGCGGUGGCGGCGGCGGCGGCCUGGGAGGCCUGGGCGGGCUGGGAGGCCUGGGGGCCGAGCAGGAAGAAGAGGAUUACCGCUAUGAGGUGCUGAGCGCCGAGCAGAUUGUCCAGCACAUGGUGGAGUGCAUUCGGGAGGUCAACGAGGUCAUCGAGAAUCCAGCUACUAUCACAAGGAUACUUCUCAGUCACUUCAACUGGGAUAAGGAGAAGCUAAUGGAAAGGUAUUUUGAUGGGAACCUGGAGAAACUUUUUGCAGAGUGUCAUGUAGUUAACCCUUAUAGAAAAUCCCGAACACGUCAGAUGAACACAAGAUCAUCCUCACAAGACAUGGUUUGUGCGAUCUGCUACCUGAAUUAUCCUAACUCGAAAGAAGAAAGUGGGGGGUCUGGAAGCAGCACUAGGAUCAAUAACUCGGUAUCAGAUGGCCAGUAUUUCACAGGCUUGGAGUGUGGACACAAAUUCUGUAUGCAGUGCUGGAAUGAAUACUUAACUACAAAGAUCAUAGAGGAAGGUAUGGGGCAGACCAUAUCCUGCCCAGCUCAUGGCUGUGAUAUCCUAGUUGAUGACAACACAGUUAUGCGUUUGAUCACAGAUUCCAAAGUCAAGUUGAAGUACCAGCAUUUAAUAACUAACAGUUUUGUAGAGUGCAAUCGAUUGUUAAAAUGGUGUCCUGCCCCUGACUGUCACCAUGUUAUUAAAGUUCAAUAUCCUGAUGCAAAGCCAGUUCGUUGUAAAUGUGGACGGCAGUUCUGCUUCAACUGUGCUGAGAAUUGGCAUGAUCCUGUUAAAUGCAAGUGGUUGAAGAAAUGGAUUAAGAAGUGUGAUGAUGACAGUGAAACCUCCAAUUGGAUUGCAGCAAAUACCAAGGAAUGCCCAAAAUGUCACGUGACCAUUGAAAAGGACGGUGGAUGUAAUCACAUGGUUUGUCGCAACCAGAAUUGUAAAGCAGAAUUCUGUUGGGUCUGCCUUGGUCCCUGGGAGCCGCAUGGAUCAGCUUGGUAUAACUGCAAUCGUUAUAAUGAAGAUGAUGCAAAGGCGGCAAGGGAUGCCCAGGAGGUAAAAGGAGCACGGAUGUGGCGUUCACGAGCGGCUCUCCAGCGAUACCUCUUCUACUGCAACCGCUACAUGAAUCACAUGCAAAGUCUGCGAUUUGAGCACAAGCUCUAUGCUCAAGUCAAGCAGAAGAUGGAAGAGAUGCAACAACACAACAUGUCUUGGAUUGAGGUGCAAUUCCUGAAGAAAGCUGUGGAUGUCCUCUGCCAGUGCCGCGCCACACUAAUGUACACUUACGUCUUUGCUUUCUACCUCAGAAAGAACAACCAGUCCAUUAUCUUUGAGAACAAUCAGGCAGACUUGGAGAAUGCAACAGAAGUGCUGUCUGGCUAUCUGGAGAGGGACAUAUCCCAGGACUCCUUGCAGGACAUCAAACAAAAAGUGCAAGACAAGUACAGAUACUGUGAGAGCCGGAGGAAGGUGUUACUACAGCACGUGCAUGAAGGCUAUGAGAAAGACCUCUGGGAGUACAUCGAGGACUGAGGCUCGGCUUGCAUUGAACUGUCAACCCGUUAGCAACAGAGUGCUGAUGCAAAUAAAGUGGGCGGCACUGGCCCUUGCAGACACUGCUGGAGUUCUACCCUACUUUUUGUUAAUGGAAAGUUUAAGUAAAUUAUAUUGUAAUAAAAAAGUAGAUAAAAACCACAAAAUGUACAACAGUAUUGUAAGUGGAUGAAGGGUGUGACACACUAAAAAACCCUCCAGCUUUGAUCUGUAAUGUAGCUACAUUCUGAGAGCUGAACCAUCUUCUGUUUCCUUUCAUUUAUUCAUUUUCCCUGUGUGUAGUAAUUGAACUGACCUGGCUCCUCUUUUCCAGCCAGUCAUUAAUUGUAUGUAGGUUCCCUGUUUGUGAAUGUUGAUUGGCUAAUGUAAGGCAGCACUCUGGGGUUACCUUUGUAUAUGACUUUUAAAAGGAGGACACAGUAUUUUUCAAAUUGUACAUAGCGCAUAUGCAUGGUUGAGCGAGAGCAAGCGUGGCACGUGUUUGCAUAAUGUUUAAUUACAAAAAAAAUAUUUAUUCUUUAAAAACCUUCAAGAAUAUGUAUAUUUGCUGUGCAGUUUCUUUAGGUUUGUUAACCUUUGACCUCAGCGCUGUUAGUGGAAUGUGGAUUGAAUUUUCUGCUCUUUGUCCUUCCCCUUUUAAAAUGAAAAGCAAGUUUUUAACCUUGUGAUAUUCCAUAGUACUAGUUGUCGACUCGAGCCGAGUCCUGGUGCUGUUGGGUUUCCCUAAUGUUCACCGCUUCCCUCUUUUUCUCAUUGCUUUUCUACUCUGCUACAGCUAACGACAGUCACCUCCAGCUUCGGCACAAGCCCCCAGUACUUUCUAUGUUCACUGUUGCUGUAUAAAAAUAAAAAAAAUACCUGUAAAAUUGUACAGAUCUCGUCAGACAGUAGGAGUGAUACAGACAUGUAACAUUUGGAAGAGAGCAAUGUUCAGCCUGUCUCUCCCCACACCACCAGUGCCCUGGAUGAUGAUGGCUGCUGUCCUUGCUGAGUUCUGCCUGUAUUGCUACGCUGGGGUAGAGAGGUCAGGGUUGAAGGAUCAUUGCUUGAACUGCUGCGUUCCCAAGCUGCAUCUAAACCUCUGCAUCAAAUAUUGGGUAGUUCUAAUUUAUUGUGUCAUUUAAUUCAUUAUAUCAAAGAAAGUUGUCUGAGAUUAAGACCAGGCAUUGGAUUCCUUAACCCUAUGCUAUAGAACGUUUAUUUUGUUUCUCCUUUUAUUGCACUGGGACAAUGUAUUGUCAAAUUCUCAAACAAUGAAAGAAUUGUAGCUGUAAUGGAUGAAUCCAUGACAAACUUACACAGUUGUAAAACUUGAAUACUGCAAAGCAUUUACUGACGAUAAAGGUUUAAUUUGGGUAA